UCGCCCUCGAGGUCUGCUCAACAACCGUUCUGCCCGCUGGCAUGGAGCCAAAUGGACCUUCCAAUGCGCAGGGAUUGUCCUCAUCUGUCGACCUGAUAUUACAGCAGAGAAAGGAUGCAACAGCAACGGCCGUCCCGCCGCCCAGCGGCGAUGGCAGUCUCUGGUCGCAGCUCACUAGCAAUCCCUUAUUCACCGCGGGGUUUGGUCUCGCGGGUCUAGGUGCGGGACUGGGCUUAGCACAGAAAGGUGUUCGACAUGGCGCUGCCCUCAUCCGCCGACGGAUGCUGGUUGACGUGGAAAUCAGUAUCAAGGACGACUCGUACCCUUGGUUUCUCAAUUGGAUGACCCUGUAUCAGCAAGCGCAGAUGGGUUCGGCGCAAUCGGCAGCCAGCAGGUCUGGUUUCAUGGAGAGGGUUCUACAGAAGUUCACACCGGGGAUGCGCCAUCUCUCCAUCCAGACACAAAAGAUCGAGCACGCAAACGGAGCGAUCCAUGCCCAUUUCGCGCUCGUCCCGGGCCCCGGGAAGCAUGUCCUUCGCUACAAGAACGCUUUCGUCUUCGUGAACCGGAUGCGCGAGUCCAAAUCGCAGGACCUACAGACGGGCAGGCCGUGGGAGACCAUCACCUUGACCACCCUAUAUGCACACCGCCAUAUUUUCGAAGACCUCUUCAGGGAGGCCCACGCAUAUGCGGCCAAGUCACAUGAGGGCAAGACGUCCAUCUACAACAGCUGGGGCACCGAGUGGCGGCAGUUUGGCCAGCCUCGCCGGAAACGUCCGUUGGACUCGGUGAUCCUCGAUGAAGGAGUAAAGGAGCGGGUUGUCGAGGAUGUCAAGGACUUCAUCUCCAGCGCCAAGUGGUAUCAUGAGCGCGGGAUUCCCUACAGACGCGGCUACCUGCUCUAUGGGCCGCCAGGGACGGGGAAAAGCUCCUUUAUCCAGGCGCUAGCCGGAGAGCUGGACUAUGACAUUGCCAUCUUGAAUCUGAGUGAGAGGGGUCUAACCGAUGACCGGCUCAACCAUCUUUUGACCAUCGUCCCCAACCGGACACUGGUUCUCCUCGAGGAUGUCGAUGCGGCUUUCGCGAACCGCCGACUCCAGAGUGACGCAGACGGGUAUCGCGGUGCAAAUGUGACCUUCUCGGGACUUUUGAACGCUCUCGACGGCGUUGCCAGCGCUGAGGAACGCAUCAUCUUCCUUACCACCAAUCACGUCGAGAGGCUCGAUGAAGCUCUGGUGCGGCCUGGUCGCGUGGAUAUGACGGUCCGACUGGGUGAAGUGACUCGUUACCAGGUCGGUCACCUGUGGGAUCGAUUUUACGGCGAAAUCGACGAGUCCGGUACCCACCGGCAAGCCUUCAUCGACCGGCUACAGGAGCUGGGGCUGAUUGAAGACGAGAACGGCUCUAAGCCGGACCGAUCGAAGACAACGAGCACCGCCGCUCUCCAGGGAUUAUUCCUGUACAACAAGGGCAACAUGGAAGGGGCCAUAGCCAUGGCUGAAGCUCUCACUCAAACCUUGCAUAGCGAGGCCGCAGAAAGCGUGCCCCAAUGAGGAGGUGGAAUCUGUACUAUAGAACCCUUAUUUCUCCGAUAUUUUCUGUACAUAUACCAUUAUUACCUAUAGAUAUUGCAGUGAUCUAAAAGAUGUGCAAUGGAGCCUUGGAAUUUUAUUUUUUCCCCCCGA